AUGUCGGAUCUUAACGAGGAACUGGCAAAGUGGUACGAGGAACUACAGAAGCUCCCCCAUGAUUGCCAUCUACUCUGCCCGAAAAUCGACUCCGACGAUCGCGAAAAUUACAAAACCUUUGAUGACCCCGAAUCCCAAAUCACUGUCGAAGACAAAAAACAGCGGAUCGAAGAUGGCCAUCACCGCCUCGAAAUCACGUACUGGAACAGCCUGAUAUUUGGAUUUGAUAAAAGCGAGGCAGGGAAAUGGGCAGAGGAGUUCAAAGAUAGACUCGAGAAUGUGCUAAGGAGUUGCUCCGAAUGCGUCCUCAACUGGCACAUGCAACGCCAGGUCUAUCUGCAAAGAUUUUCCGAAAAAUGGAAUGAACAAGUCAUCGAGCACAUAGAACAGAUGCUGAACCGAAUCGACAUCGCCAGAAUUAGUUGCAAUCUUCAGUGGGCGAAAGAAUACAUCGGCAAAAUCGAGGAAAGAGGCGAUGUUUUCAAAAAGACGCAAUUAGGAGAGAAGUUGCCAGAAGUUCUUAUUGCUGUCUACGAGGCUCUUUGCUGCAUGCCGUUCAUGUCAACACCUGACCAGCGUGCCAUUUUUCAGUACGUCUUCAUGCGGUUGCAGGGCAAGAGUUAUCUCAAGCUCGGGCGAAGCGAUCCACUCCCUGGCAUGACAUACUUCUUGUUUGAUCAGAAGAAUGAUGACCGUCGAAAAUGGGCACAAGAAAACUGGAAAUUCAUCGACUCUCAGUCGAUGACGGAGGCCCAGUUUGACUGGGCCGUGAGCAACGGAUUGACCAGUGCGAUAGAUGACAUUGCCAGAAUUCAGGUUACUCCUCAGUCCUCGGAUGAAGAACGACUGGCUAUCGAGCGUUUCUGGGAAGGGUUUGAAAUAAUUUUGACCAAGCUGCCAGAGAACCUCAUUCACAGCCGCCUCCGCAGUCUGGAACUGCGCCAAGGCUCAAGCAUUUACGACUUACUAUUCCGUCACAUUCAGACCUGCACCUCAGAAGAUUAUCCAAAAGCCUUUUGGGAUGUAAUCGGUGACGCUCGGCCAAACGUAAUUGCCGACCUGCUUUUUGCUAGUCCUGUUUACAAGAUUUUGCUUCGCCAAUCUCUUGACGACUGCUGGAGUGGAUUCAGUAUGGAUUCGGAUGUUGUCCCUUUUCCUACAUCCUGGAUUCAACCUUGGCUUACGUCGUUGGGUCGAGACCGUAGAUAUGACGCUUGUGAGGUUCUCAUGCACACACUGUUUGCGACUUUGGCAAAAGAUUCAUUCAUUGGUGAACCGGGGCAGGCCGCAUGUAUUCGUGCUGGCUUUGACGCUAUAAAUUUCACCCUGAAGUCCUUCCUAGAUCCCAAUACGCAAACCGCAUCCGGUACGACUCAUCUAUACGCUGGUGGCGCUUUUAAUCUCGUGGUAAAGAACAAGGACCUCAUAUUGGAAAGUCUGCGGCCACCACGAGAUUCCCGAGAGGGCUGGACGACUUUCAGAGUCUCCGAUGCGGCCAUGUCAGUCCUACAUGCCGCUAUGAAAUUGGAUAUGAAGAUGUUUUUGGAGGAGUUCCAGGCUAUUCACAACAAAAAGCAGCUCCAGUCAACAAUUCUCCGUGAGUCAAAGGCAUUUUGGGAAGCCAUUGUGGAGAUAUUCGACUCCUCGGGAGAUCAAGUGACGCUGGCAAAAGAUGUCUUAGUGUCCCUUGCUCCUCUCAUCUCUGUCGAACAGAUACGGCCACGCAAGAGCAUCAACAAACUGGAUGAGUCUAGCCAGCGCUUCAACACAUCACUUGGUAGCAUUGCCGAUGUGCUAGCAAGAAUCUUGGGUCGAGUUUCUGAAGUGGACGCAACCGAUUUGAAUCUCCUUUUUGCAGAUCGAUUGCCCUUUCAGGUUAUUGUAGGGUUAUCCGUCCACGACGAUUCUAACCUGUCUGAAGGUUCAGCAGAGAUUCUCAAAAGCUGGACCGGUGAAUUAUCGCGGAGUGGCGCCAUAGAACACAUGUCUCAACUACAUCCGGAACAAACUCUAUCUUCUAUCGUCUGGACACUGGAGAGAAUUCUUAAACCACCAUUUCCUUGGGGGCCUAUCCGUCCGCUGCUCAAUAUGAGCAGGGAUGUUCUCAGAGGAUUGUCCGACCCGACUUCGGGUGUCCUUAGAACAAAGACCCUCAACUCAAAAUCCGUCGCUAUAGUGUUACGCUGGUGGAAUGAGCAGUGGAGAUUCGUUUCAAAGUCCUGUCUUAACAUAGAAUCUUGGUCAUUUUGCAUUUCAAACGCGAUUAUGACCGAGUUCUGUCGAGAAAUUAUGGAACUAGCUGAAGCUCUUAUUGCAGAAGACGGCCUUCUCACUUCUGCUACUGCUCUGGGCAAAAAUGAACAGGACGUGAUGCCAAUCAUUCUGGGCCCGGCGAAAGAGAACUUUCGGGGAAUGGAAAACAUGAUUCGCUUGAAGGAUAGAUGGUUAGUUGACGUUACCGUUCGAGUUCUCUGCAAGAUCUUGACUAGACUUCGGGAAAAUAAACUGGAAAUCAAUGCCGCCUCACGAAAGCUCAUCACGGACGCCUGCAUUCCUACUGGGACUGCCGGGAAGUAUCUUCGCUCAACGAAUUUAACAGACCAACAACGAGCUGAAUUGCUUCAAGCCCUCGGUCAUGAUGAAGAAGUUCAAAUAAUCCAACUUGGGCCUACUACCAGUGUGGUAGAUCGGACAACUGCUUUAGGCAAGGAAAAGUCUAAGAAGCAGAGCAAGCUGGAUGCUUGGUCCAAGUCAGCGCCUCCUGGCACUUCUUCCGAUAAAGCUGGGAGGUCCAAUAGAGAUGACGUUCUGGAAUUUAGCAGAUCUGCUGAUAGUCCAGUUCUAAAGCAGCUUGCGGCACAGCAAGCAAGGGCCAAGUCCAAGGGUCCUGAUAUGAAGGCCAUUUCGGCACUCAAGGAGAGCAGGCAGAGAGAAAAGGCCGAGAAAGCCAAGAGGGAUGCUGAGGCUAUUGCCAGAGCCAAGAAGAUUCGGGGAGAACUUGUCACAGGAGAAGGAUCAGGAGUUCAGAGUCUUGAAUCAACAGGCAAAGAUAAUGCAAGAAGUGAAAUCAUGGUUAACAGCUCUGAUGAGGAAUCAGACGAUGAUAGUGCAGAUUCUGACUCGGACGAGCAGCUUGCAACGUUGAGCACUGGCGGUCAGAAAGGUCUCGACGAGCAUGAGAAGCGUCGGCAGCAGGCUCUGCGUGACCGACUCCGCAGGCCGGUCAAGAAGAUUCGACAGCAGCGUUCAGUGAAAGAAAUGAGAGCUCGCUUGAUCCCUCCUAUGGAUAGACUUCACAACACCAUUCUAGCAUGGGACAUUUUCCACCAAGGCAACGACCCUCCUAAUGGUCCGGCUGCCUCCGAGGUUGCUACGAAGUAUCUUGAUCCGCGGUCGUAUCAAGCAACGUUUUUUCCUUUGCUCUCUUCCGAGGCCUGGCGUUCUUUCGUGACUGCAAAGGAUGAGAUAACGGCUCAGCCCUUCGGCAUGAAACUUGCAAGCAGGGCAAGUGUUGACAGCUUUCUGGAAGUAGCCUUCACCUUACCUGUUAUUCAAAAUCGCGAAAGGGGGGUCUCAGAAGGAGAUAUUCUCUUGGUCUCCGAAGCCGAGAGCCCUCUCCAAAACCCUAACUCAAGACACUGUCUGGCUAGAGUUCACCGAAUAACGUACAAAAAGGAUAUCAUCGAAAUUACAUACCGUGUCGCAUCACGUAACAACCAACUAUCGACCUUAUUGAUGCCUGGAGUCACUGUGUAUGGCGUCAAGAUAACUAAUAUGACUACCAUCGAAAGAGAAUAUGCUGCGCUGGAAAGUCUACAGUAUUACGAUCUCAUGGAUGAAAUCUUGAAAGCUGAACCGUCACCGAUUCUUCGAUACGGGGAGGAAAAGAUUUCGAACGCCAUGCAAAAUUGGACUCUUAACCAUGGCCAGGCUGUGGCGGUACUGGGGGCUCAAGACAACGAUGGCUUCACACUUAUUCAAGGACCGCCUGGAACUGGCAAGACCAAGACUAUUACCGCAAUGGUUGGGUCAUUACUCUCAGAACAGCUUGCCCAAGUCUCGAACGGCGUACCUGUGGGUGCUCCACUGCGCCCCUCGGCCGGUGCCAUACCUGCUGCUCAAGGCCGCCCGAAGAAACUUCUUGUCUGCGCUCCCAGUAACGCAGCUGUUGAUGAACUAGUACUUCGUUUAAAGAGCGGCAUCAAGACUAGUAGUGGAAAGACGAAACCUAUCAAUGUGCUUCGUCUCGGCAGGAGCGAUGCUAUUAAUGCUGCCGUCAAGGAUGUCACGCUCGACGAACUUGUCCGAAUUCGAAUGGAGGGUGACAAUACCAAAGAUAAAGCCAAGGCCGAAAGAGACAAGCUUCAUGGAGACGCGGCAAAAAUCAAGGAAGAGCUUGCGGAAAUUAGGCAGCUCCUUGAUGAGGCUCGUGCACAGGAUAAUCGUAUCACACAAAACACUCUCUCCCGAAAAUUUGACGAGCUAAAGCGGCAGCAAAUGAACAUUGGUAAACAAAUCGAUGCAAACAAGGAUAGCGGCAAUUCCCUUGCUCGAGAGAUGGAGAUGCGUCGCAGACAAGUUCAGCAGGAAAUCCUCAACUCCGCUCAUGUGCUUUGUGCAACACUCAGCGGUAGUGGACAUGAGAUGUUCCGCAACUUGGAUGUCGAGUUUGAAACCGUUAUUAUCGAUGAAGCUGCUCAAUGUGUUGAACUUAGCGCCCUGAUUCCACUCAAGUAUGGAUGCUGUAAAUGUAUACUUGUAGGUGACCCCAAGCAGCUUCCCCCAACUGUCUUGUCUCAGUCUGCUGCACGAUUUGGCUACGACCAGAGUUUGUUCGUUCGAAUGCAACAGAACCAUCCCAGGUCUGUCCAUCUACUCGAUAUGCAAUACCGAAUGCAUCCAGAGAUUAGCAUGUUUCCCAGCAAAGAAUUCUACGAAGGACAGCUGCAAGACGGGCAAGACAUGCUGCAGCUUCGACAGCAGCCCUGGCACCAGAGUGCUCUCCUUGGCCCUUAUCGGUUCUUUGAUGUGGAGGGUGUUCAAGAAAAAGGCAGAAAGGGUCAAUCACUGGUCAACACCAGGGAACUGCAAGUUGCCAUGGAGAUAUAUGACCGUUUCAGCAAAGAGUACAAGCAAUGUGAUCUUACAGGCAAGAUUGGCAUCAUUACCCCCUAUAAAGCUCAAUUGUUCGAGCUGAGGAAUCGCUUUACAAGUCGAUACGGCGAGAAUAUCACUGAUAUUAUCGAAUUCAACACCACCGACGCUUUUCAAGGUCGAGAAUGCGAAAUUAUCAUAUUCUCCUGCGUACGAGCCAGCUCAACGGGAGGUAUUGGUUUUAUGACGGAUAUUCGCCGUAUGAAUGUUGGUUUGACUCGUGCCAAAUCAUCACUGUGGAUUCUAGGAGACUCUAGAGCACUGGUUCAGGGUGAGUUCUGGAAGAAAUUAAUUGAGGAUGCCAAAGCCAGAGACAGGUACACAAAGGGCGAUAUACUAGGAAUGUUUAGAAAGCCUUUGCAAAGAGCCAGUCCGUCAACCUACCAAGCACCUCAAAAGGAGUCCCCCGAAGAUAUUGAGAUGCUCGACUCCCCAGCAGCAAAUACUAUCACAGAUGGUGUGAACAAUAUCGAAUCAGAACCAUCCACUCCCCCCCAGGCCUUGAGCAAUGGAAAUCAAACCCGAAAGACCCCUGAUGGCAGUAUACCGAAUGUUGUUCCACGCGGACCGGGUCUGCCUGUAAUACACACUUCAGAUAACCAAGGUUCUGAGCCAAAGAAGCGACCGCUGGACGGGUCAGACCCGGGACAGCAAGCAGCAAAGAGAAUUGCGAGUACGCAGCGGGGCGGCCUGAUGGGCAAAUUCGGACAGAAGCCCGUCAAACAGACGAAGCCGCCACCGCCGCCCAAGGAUCCGUCGGCAAUGUCAGUCCUCGGGAUGGUACCCCCGGAACGACCCCCUCCUCCUUCAGCGAUGAAUUCGAAAGCAAUUCCGAUGAAUCAGGCACCGAAUGGGUUGAUGUCGACAUCGGAUCAACCCAGUAACUCCAUGACUGGUGCAAAGAUAGACGCAGUAUCCUUCAUUCCUUUUUCCAAGGUGCUACCAUGUACUCCGUAUCUACCCAGAGCCUAUUAUGUACGCAAGGGGAAGUCGUACAACGGCAGUCACCAUGACGAUGGAAAGGCACCGAUGCCAAAAUCCCUGACCGAAGGUAUCCUUUUUGCGCCGGGUGACUUGCUUGGCCCCAGUUCGUAA